CCGCCUGUUCUAGAGUUUCCCCAUCAAUUGUGAUUGAGUUGAUGUUCUCUGUGUUGUAUUUGAUGAUGUUGCUUUCUGUCUUGUGUAUGUUGAGGCUUAUUGAUACAGAGACUGCUACUACGCUAGUUGUCUUCAUGUGAAUUUGUUGAUGUGUGUGUAUGGGAUAAGAGGCGUAGGUCAUCUUCGAAGUCCAAAUAGUCUAGUUGCAUGCAAGCUGCCAAUUGUAUUCUGUGCUUCCCUUUGAGAUGUCGAGGUCUUCAUAAUCAAGUCAACCACCCGAGGAAAGAGGAAGGGGUAGAGUAGACGGUCUUGUCUCACUCCACUCCUUACUUGGAAUGAACCUGUCAGCUAUCUUCCAUGCACGACUUCGCAAUGUAGUCCGUCAUAUGAGUUCCGGAUGAUGUUGACAAUCGUCUAAGGAACUCCAUAUUGUCGAAGAAGUUUCCCUUGUCCACACUGUCAAACCCCUUCUCAUGGUCAAUGAAGUUGAUUUAUAAUGACAAUUUCUAUUUAACUGAUUGUUCGACGAUGAACCGUAGUGUUGCGAUUUGAUUUGUGCACGACCGAUCCCUACGGAAUCCAGCCUGUUGAUCUCGAAGUUGAGCGUCUACUGAGUCUUUCAUCCGGUUCAGCAACGCUCUAUUGAAAACGUUUCCUGGUACUGAAAUUAGUGUGAUCCCUCUAUAGUUCACACAUUUUCUCAGGUCUCCUUUCUUCGAUAGCUUGAUGAGGUAUCCUUCUUUCUAGUCUGUCUGUGACACUUGUUCUUCCUCUUAAAUCUCCCAGAGAAGGACAUGGAGCGCGUUUGCAACUAUUGGUUCUUCCACUUAUUUCUGCUUAUCGGCCUUAAUGCUUUUUUUUCACUUGCUUGCGCCUUCCAUUGAUCUUCUGAUUUUUUUAGUGAUGCGAAUAUGAUCAAUUUAGCUCUUCGUGGUGUGAUCCAGUGAGACACAUGUAGCUUUGUGCAUGGGUUUGUGUGGUAAUGUUGUGCCGCCGAUAACCAUUUUUUUGAAUCUACAUAAAAUUGCAAACCUGUCACCAUUCUCGUUCGUUUCUUUCAGUCAGUUCCUGUCGUUCCAUGAUAUCUUCAUAUCCGGUGUUGUCAAUUCCGACUUUGGCGUUUAGAUCUCUCAUCAGAAUGGUGAGGUCCUUUCUUGUACACUUCGCGAUGAUUGAUUGUAGCCUCUCAUAGAAAUGAUCUUUAUUGUCGUCGUUGCUAUCAUUGGUUAGUGCAUCAAAUUGGAUAACAUUCAUUGUGACUCACUACUUUUUUGUUUUGAAGGAUACUUUGAUGAUCAUGGACCCAUGAGAUUUCCAUUCUAUAAAUGUUUUACGUGCUUCUUUGGAUAGCAUCGGAAUAACUCCUGAGUGUGCGAAGCAUUUUCCUCUUCAUGAUCAGAGUACAACAUCAUCUCACUCGGAUAUAAUCUUUUCUGUUCAGCUUUGGUCCAAUGGGUUUCGUUGAUUCCGAGUUGUAUCUCCUUAUUUCCAUAGCUACUUGGUUGGACCUCCCGGUUUCACACAUUGUCCAAACAUUCCAUGUACUUAUAUUAAUUGUUGCUCUAGUUGUUACAAUGGGCAUUCACCUCAUGAAUUCUGAAGUAACUCGGCUUCACUACAAGACGUCAUAAUUCUUCUGAAUGAUGAUCAUUCAACUUCUAGUGCAGAGUUCAGAAAAUGAAAGAGAAGAAAAAGUUCUCUUUUCGGAAGCUGAUUGGUAAAUUUGAAGAAUCAUCAAAAUCACAUGUAAAUGAAAUGUUAAAUAAAUCUCAUUCCGAUAUACAAAUUGAUUUAAAUAAUCAACAAAUAGAAAGUGAACUAGAAUUUGCACAUAAAUUAAUGAACUCUCCAGAAGAAAUGGGUUUAAGUUUAGAGGGCAGAGAUAAUGAGAUUGAAUGUUAUGUACAAACAAUAUGUGAACCAUGUACAUUAAGUAAAAAUGCAAUAAAUUUUGAUCGUUUACUGCGUCGUAUUGAUACAACUAAUGCACGUGUAACAACAUUGAUCAAUUUAUGCACUACAGCUAUUUUAGCCUCAGAUAAAAGUGCUAUUAAUUUUCUAGUGAAUAGUUUAAAACGUAUGCGACGCAAACAAAAUUUAUUAAUUAAUGAAGCAGAUGAUACAAUGUUGACAUUUUUAAAAGAUCCUCUGAUUUUAUUACGUUCAAAGAAGAAAAAAGUUGGUAAAAAUGAAAGUGGUGUUAAAUUCAGUAUUCAUUAUCCUGAAGAUGAUGACGAUGAUGAUAAUGACGAUGAAGAUGAUGAUGGUGAUGAUGUAGAAAACGAUAUUGAUGGUAAUGGUAAUGUACGAGAAGGUAAUAUUGAAGAUAAAUGUGAAAAUAGUAAAAAAAAUGAAGAGGCACAAAUUCGUUGGGAAAUGAGUAGUAAUCAAUUAAGUACUGAUUAUUCCACAAGUGAUAGUGAUAAUGAUGGUCCAACGCCUGAAUUUGUUUUAAAUUUAUCUAAACAAAUACGUAAAACAGAAGGUACACGAUUAAAACAAAAUUUACGUUUAAUCAAUCGUAAAAAAUCAUCAAAUAUGGGAAGUAAAAAAGCAUCAUAUAAUGUCCCACCGCCUUUGAAUCCACUUGGACAUAAUCGUAAUGAUUUAUUACGUUCACAUGCUACAGUAGCAAGUGGUCUUUGUCAACAAAGUCAUAAAAUAUCAUCAUCAUCUAUGCUAUCAACAAAUGGAUUACAUAAUACUGAUACAAAAUAUACACCAACAUUACCAUUUAAUUUAUUAAGUUUAACUGGACAAUUAUCAUGGUUAAUUUCAGAAUAUAUUGAACGUGGUAGUUCAACAUAUAAAUGGGCUACAGAAUUAAUUAAUUCAAUUGGUAAAAUGUCUGUCACACGAUCUACAUGGUUAAAUGUACAUCAACAAUUAAGAGAAACAACAGAAUUAUUAUAUUCACAUCGUGAUCAACAAUUAAAAUUAUAUUAUUCAAUUAAUGAAACACCACAAGGUGAAAUUGCAUGGACUAAAUUACAAGCAAUACAUCAAAAUUUAUUAAAUGGUGAUUUAAAUGCUUCGACAAUUACACCAAAUAAUUUAAAAGUAUUAUGUCAAUCAUCAAAACAAUUAAACAAUAAUAAUAAUAAUAAUAAUAAUGAAAGAAAAUUAGUACAACUAUCUUGUUUAUUAGAGAAAAAAUUACAUUUAGCUUAUUUAUGUGAUUUAUUAUUAUGGAAAGCGCAUAAAAUAAUCUUAACUCAAUUAAAUUAUACUGAUGAAGAUAUAGUGAAAUGUCAAUCGAUGGAUUUUCAAAUACGUUUAUUUGAAUUACAAUUAGAUCAAUUAAAUGGACAAAAUUGGUCAACAAAUUUAAUGAAUUAUAUGUUAUGUUGGUUAAAUGAUAUAUGUGAAUGGAAAAAUCAAUUUAAUUUAAAUUCAUCUGAUAUUGAUUAUUUUAUAUGGAAUGAAUUUUAUGUAUUUAAAAAUUCAAUUGAAAAUUUAUUCGAUUUAGUUCAAUCAUUAAAUGCUUGUAAAUUAAUAAGAUCAGCAUUAGAUGAACAAAAUAAUAAUCAUAUUAAUGAUAUGAAUCAAUCAAUUUAUAAUUAUCAUUUAAGUAAUAGUUUAAGUAAUAUUAAUUUAGAUGAUAAUCAAAGUAGAAUAUCAUCAUCAGAUGGAUCAUCAUCUAAAUUACAAUCACAUAAUCGUUUAUCACAUAAUAAUUAUCAUCCACAUCAAUCACAUCAUAGUCAAGGUGAUUUUCGUAUAUUAGAUGCUGAACGUUGUUCAAGAUCAUAUUCAGCAUUAGUUAGACAAAUACAAGAGAAUGCUAUGAAUAAUAGACCAUUAGCUUAUUUUGCUGAACGUGCUUUAUAUGAUAUUGCAGUAGAAUUAGGUUGUACAGUAAAUUGGGAUGAACGAUUUGAUAGUUUAAGUAAAGAAUUAAAAAAUGCAUGGCAAGAAUGGGAAUUAAUUAUACGUGAAAAAAUAGAUCGUGAUUUCUAGUCGUUUAAUCAUUUUAUCAUCUAAUAUUUCUCUACUAUUUUUUUCUGUCAUAUUUUGAAUUUAUUACUAAGUGAGAAAAACUAAACACAGAAUGAAUCAAGAAAUAAAAAAAAACAGAAAAUAAAAAAAAACAAAUCAGAUCCAAUAGUAUUUUUGCACUCCCCUCUCGCAUUCAUCUUUCAUUAUUUUUCUCUUUUAAAAAAUGUACAUUUUUGAAGAAAAAAAGCUAAACGGCAGUUAUAACUAUUUUUUAAAAACAACAACAAUAAUAAUGAUCACAACAACAAUAACAACAAAGAUUCGGUAAUUUGUACUAUUGAAAUGAAAAUAUAAAAAUAAAAUGUUAUUUACAUCCUUCAUUCCCUCACUCUCUCCCUCUCGCUCCUUCUCUCCAUUUGUCUAUUUCAUGAUCGAUCGUCAUUUGAAAGUUUAGAUGUUCUGCUGACAUAAUACUAUAGAUUAUUAUUAUUAUUAUUAUUAUUAUUAUUAUUAUUAUUAUUAUUAUUA